GACCAGCGAUCUUGAAGUGGGUGACCAGAUUGUGAAUGUCAACGGUCGCCGUCUGGCCGGAUUGAACGCGGCGGAUGCCAACCGUUUGCUUAACGACGGAUGCAGCUCAGUACACCUUCUGGUUACAAAACAUGAUCCGGAGGAGGACCAGACCGCAAAUGACACAGGCCGACCACGGACGAGGAUGCCCGAGACGUCUGUGGACUACGAUCACAGCGGUGGAAGCUGCACGGCGCCGCCUAUCCAAAAGUACAACAAGAACGGACAAACGUUGGUAUACAUAACGCCACCACCACGCCCACGGUUAGCCGCCAAGAGCAAAACCAACGUGUCCACUGUGUACAUUAAGGGUGACAGCAGUGGUGGCGUCGGUGAUGAUAGUUACCGUGGAGUCGAUGUGCAUGAUGGUGGCGGGCAGUUCGCCGGCACGGAUUGCACGACGUUUUGCACGUUACCGCGGCGACCGAGGUCGACGGUGUGCACGUUCCACACGUUCGUGCUCGAAAAGGGCCCGGGCAAAAAAGGUCUGGGAUUCACGAUUGUCGGUGGCAAAGAUUCACCGAAAGGGGCCAUGGGAAUAUUCAUCAAAAGUAUUUUGGAAAACGGCCAGGCUGCGGAAGACGGCAGAUUAAAACCUGGAGAUGAAAUACUAGCAGUUAAUGGAAAUGUUUGUCACGACUUGACUCAUUCAGAAGCUAUAACACUAUUUAAGUCAUUUAAAAGCGGUUCUAUUGUUCUACAUAUUUGUCGUAGAUCUAAAGCGUCAAAUAGAGCUACCAAAGCCAAGUCAUGUACGAAUCUAUUGAGCGAUGACAAUGCAGGAUCGGAUUAAGUGCARUGAUGUUUUUCUUUAUUUUUUAUGGUUCCAAUCGUUACAGUCUAGUCCUAGGCGUCAAUUAGAAAUUAUGUUGUUUUUAUGGUUAAUCUAUGACCUCGUGAAACAUGUAUAAUUUAGAUUUACAUCGCGCCAUAAUGAUAUGUAAACACCAUGUCUUACGUCUCAUGUUAUUAUUGAGUAGCCAUAAUUUUUGUAUACCUAUAUUUUUAAGAUAAUUUUGAAAACCGAUAUUAAUUAACGUACUUACAAGUAAUUAAUUUGGUUAUUUAGUUCCUAUAAUUAUUCAGACGUUUAUGAAUGUCUAGAAAAUGUUCACAGUAGCUAUUUCAGUGUUACUCAAGAUAAUCAUACCUAGGUAUAUUUGUUUUAUAUUGUCAGAUAAAAUUCAACAGCAUAACUAUUAUAUCUUUUGAUAAGUACUAAAUAUUAAUAAUAGUUAUAUACUAGA